AUGCACAAUCAGCGCACCAAAACUAUAUUCAAAUUUUCCAGGUGGGAAUGGUCGCGGAUCCAGGAAGACGGUGCCAAUUUAGUGAACGCUUACGGCCCCGGGAUGACGGGAUUGAUCAACAUCGGGUCCAGCUGCUACAUGAAUUCGGUCAUCCAGGGUCUCCUUCUCGUGCCCGACUUUUGCGAACGAUUUGGAGGCGCCAGGGCCCUCGAGACGCUCCACUCGCUGCCGCCGAACGACGUCUUCAAGGAUUUCAACGCCCAGCUGGCUCGCCUCGUUUCCUCGAUGAUGUCCGGCGACUACGCGCUCCCCGACGGCCCGCACAACGGCAUCAAGCCCACCCAGUUCAAGCGAGUCGCCGGCGCCAAUCACCCCGAGUUCCAGACGGCCAAACAACAGGACGCCGAGGAAUACGUGCGCUACAUCAUCGAGAAGAUCUCGUCUAACACGCCGGCCGGCACCCCGGACCCGACGCUGGCCGUCAAGUUCAACAAGGAGGAGCGGCUGCAGGACGUGAAUACGGGCAGCGUCCGCUAUACGAACCAAGAGGAGACGAUCCUUUCACUGCCCGUGCCAAAGCUGGCGAUGCAUCCACUUCCCGAUCAAGAAAAUCGCUUCACGGCCGAGUUUGGCAGCUGCCUGGCGUCCGUCUUUGAGCCGGAGACGCUCGGCGAACGCUAUCAGAAAACGAUGCGCUUCAAGACGUUCCCCGAUUUUCUGCUCGUCCAGCUGCAGCGUUUCACCAUUGACGAGACGAACUUCCAGCAGAAGAAAUUGGACGUGGAUAUUCAGGUGCCCGAACAGCUUGACCUGGCCGCCUUCCGCGGACAUGGGCUGCAAGACGGCGAGGUGGCGAUGCCCGAGAACGAGGAGGUCGUGGCGGUCGCCCCACAGCCUGCGGUCGACGAGAACGCGGUCGCGCAGCUGGAGGCGAUGGGCUUUUCGCGGAACGCCUCGAUGAAGGCCGUCAUCGAGACGAAGAACAACGGGGCCGAGGCGGCUGCCGAAUGGCUGAUGUCUCGCCUCGAUGACCCGACCAUCAACGACCCGCCAGCAGCCCAAGUCGCCGGAAGCGGUGCCGGCACUUCCGCCCAUAUCGACAACGAAAGUGUGGCCACCCUCGAGGGAUUCGGCUUCACGAGGCACGAGGCCCGAUAUGGUCUACAAAAGUUCAACUUCGACGCGAACCGGGCCGCCGAGUGGCUCUUCGAGCACCGUGAUGAGGUCCCGCAGGCCGCUGGCGAGCCUGCCGAAGCGGCUCCCGCUGCUGUGGCUCCACGGGCCGUCGAGAUGAGGGAUGGGAACAGCGCAUAUCAGCUCGUCGGCUUCAUCUCGCACAUGGGCUCUUCACCGCAUUCCGGCCACUACGUUGCCCACCUGCUGCGUGGCGAUCAAUGGGUGUUAUUCAACGAUGAGAAGGUGGCCUACUCGCAGCAGCCGCCCAAGCAGCUCGCCUACCUCUACAUCUACAAACGGGUC